AUGAAAAUGGAAAAUUAUGAGGCAUUUGUAGGCUUUGAUCUCUGUGAGAUACCACUUUCCAGUGUUGCUCAGAAGAUUAUGACUGCUAUGCAUUCAGGUGAUUUAGUGGCGUCUCAGAACUGGAGAGAAAGUGAAAAGACUGCAGAAGUGGUAAACAAAUCCAAUAUGAAGUAUUCAGUACUCCAUGAAGACGGGAAGAAUCAAUCACUGGGGAAAAUGAAUCUUAAUUCUUUUACAAGCCAGAAGUCAGGAGUUCCCAUCAAGUUCUCUCCUCAGUCCUCCAAUACCAGACUCACAGAUCAACUGUCUACUGAUCAAAACCAGAAAUAUAUCAGCUCGUUGGCUCCUUCUCGGUGUUCAGUUCCUCAGUGUGACCAAGAGGCUUCAGUUCUACAGAAAAUGGAAUGUAAAAGAAAACAUUUACCAAAGGAAAAUAUAAAUAAUGAAAAAGAUAAAGAAAACAUGAAUCUUAAAAGAAAACACAUCACAUGUAGUAAUUCAUCAGAGAAAACAAGUAAACUUAUGGCUUUGGAAGAAAAUGCUGGUGAGGCUGAAACCUACCUAAAUUCUGGGAACUCAAAAGCCUUCAGACACCAUUUUUGUGAUAUUAGAUGUUUAGAUGCUUUGGAGAAAAGCCAGCUGACCGAGAUGCUCAAACAGGCAGUAGCCCUGGUGGUAACUCUGUUGUAUAAGGAUGGCUCAACCCCGCUAAGAGCUGACCAGCCUGUGCCACUCGUCUUUGCUUGUAUUGCCACCCUGACUCAGCUCUCUGCUUUGGGUGGGGGCAUCCACCUCCUGUUUGCCCAGCCCUCUGAGUUCAAGUCCACUAGCUGCCUGGAGGGAGCUCCUCGAAGCCGCUGCCCUGAAGAAGGGUUUGAGGAGGCUCAGGGUGAGAAGCUGGCAACACGCCUGUUCAAGAAGGACAUGUUUUGA